UGUUUUAGGUUUUUUGAUUUGAAAUGUGGACAUACAUCAUACAAAAUUGAUUUGAGACAGGUUUCAUUAAUAGCUUUUUCAAUGGCUAUUUCUAUAUGUUGGGUUGUGAUAAGAAAGCAGAAGUAUGCUUGGAUAUUGCAAGACAUUUUAGGUGUUGCAUUUUGCAUAAACAUGUUAAAGUCAAUCAGGCUGCCAAGUUUAAAAAUAUGUACUGUUCUUCUAGUGUUACUUUUCUUCUAUGACAUUUUUUUCGUUUUCAUUACUCCAUUUUUAACUAUGAAAGGACAAAGCAUUAUGGAAGAAGUGGCUACAGGUGGGAAGUCUGAAGAAAUGCUGCCUAUGGUAUUGCGAGUGGAUUAUUUUGGCUUUGACCCUCUUGCUGUUUGUUUUCGGCAGUAUUCACUUUUGGGAUUUGGUGACAUUUUAGUUCCCGGUCUUCUUAUAUCGUAUUGCCAUGGAUAUGAUCUUAUUACCAAUAAAAAACUUUACUUUCCUGUUACAAUUGUUGCAUAUGGAGUAGGACUGUUGGUAACAUUCAUAGGCUUAUUUCUGAUGAGUGCAGCACAGCCAGCUCUUCUGUAUUUGGUGCCAAGUACUCUCUUACCUCCCACAAUAAUAGGAUGGUGUCGACAUGAACUUUCAACUUUGUGGACUGGUUUCAAAGUAAUAAGACCCGAAGUAACACAGUGUCCUGAUGUUCAAGUCACUGCAGACAAUCCUCAGUAUGAGGCAGCAGAUGAGCCUCCUAUCCUACCUACCAUAGACAGUACUGUCUCAAAAAACAGUGCUAAUAUACCAGAUGUUACUGGAGAAAAAAAAUAUUUACUACAACAGUAAUAAACUGAUUACUUCAAAAAUUUGAUGUUAUGUAUUAAUAUACAAUUUUUGGAAGUGUGCUUGAACUUUGUGCUGCAACCGUUUUAUGUUGCUUUUUAUGUGAUUUUCCUGUACUUUUUUAUUUAUGAAUUUUAAAACUCCAUAAUUCAUUUGUAAGGCAUUAAUGUUUCAUGUACUUUUCAUAUCUGUGAGGUUGCUGUUUUAAGUACUGGUAUUUUCACAUUUUGUAUUAAAAUAAAUCUUAACAGAUUUAAAAAAAAAAAAAGCUUGAAGCAUCAUUCAAGAAGUUUUGAAAUAAAUACAUACUGUACUUUUUAAGCACUUAAAACUCAGCCAUUGUUUUAACUCCAUAAAAGUUCACAUUCUGAUGAAGCUGGAAUUAUUACUAAUUGAUAUGGCACAUAAGAUCUCUCAUUUAUCUUCCGUGUCAUAAAGUACAUAUUUCAUCACUUGCAAAUUAUGUGAAAUGAUUUAAAAACAAUUCAUACUUUUUAAUAACAUUUUAUAACAAGUUUAAUUAACCCUUUGCACUCGAGGCCUUUUUUUCAUUCAGUUGAACCAGCAACUCGACUAUUUUCUGCAUAUUUUGUGAAUAACUACAGCUAACUUAAAAUAGUUUCACAGAAGAAGAUACUUGUGAUCCUGCAACUCUUUUGCCGGAUAUAAAUGGUAUUCUUUGCAAUAUUUCUUUGGAUUCUAUGCAUGUUAUCUAUUCUGGAUUUUCUGUCUGUUCUGCCCAAUCACUGUCGCUUUCACAUUCAUUAGUUAUUACCCAGAAUUUUUGCCUUCUUUAUACCCUUUACUUCAUUGCAGUCUUCAUCACUGCUUUCUUCCUCUCUAUUAUCAAGUAGUCUACCCAUAGAUAUAAUUUCGCUCUUCAUUGAUGAAAAGUCUAACACAUCUUCAGUUGAACAAAUUCCUUUGUUGAAUUUCAUGCUUAUUCAGCUCCGUAAUUUUAAAAAUAAUAAUAUUCCUGUUGCCAGGACUAUCAACUGCAAACUAAUAUCAAAGAUACAUAUAUUACAGUAGAUCUAAAAAACAUAUUAAAGAUUGGUAGUUGUUUUAUAUGCAUGUAUUGUUUAUAUGCAUGAAAUGAUACUGAUCAAACCAAACAAACUUAAACUUGAAAUUUCUGCGUGAGAAUUACCACAUCAAAUCAAGUGGGAGACUGAGAGUCACCUCUCAAGUGCAAAGGGUUAAAAAAGUCUAAUACCAUUUAUAUAUGUAAUAAGAAUUUUUUAAUCAUUUUCCACAUACAUCACACCUAUCUGUUUAUAACUUAUAUUCCAACCAGAAAUCUAGAAGCUAAAACUGAAAUACUUCUUGAAUCAAGUUUUUAACGAUUCAGAUUUGGUUUUAUCAAAUGACAGCAAUAUGUGUUAUUUUUCUUUAAAAAAAAGUGAAGUAUUUAUACAGUUUACCCUAGUAUUUGAGCUGUGUAAUUUCUGUAUAAUUUACAUCUUAGGUAUGCAUUAGUAAAUACUUCUUAAAAAAAUUAUUCAUUUUGGUUAUUGCAGUUAUUCUGAUUUUGACAAGUAGAUAUAGCAUUUCAUUAAAAAGUCAGUUCGUUUACAGGUUUGCAUGUUUGGCAUUAUGAGUUUGCAAGCUUCAGGUGUUAAGCAAAAUUAUAAAAUCUAAGCGAGACAUUCCCCUUCCCUCCAUAAUGAAUCACAAAUUAUGUAGUCAAAGUGGCGAUCUUUCACAGUAAAGAUAGAAAUUUAAAUUUUAUUUUCUCUAAUCUGAAUUACUUUCCAGACAUAUUUUACAUUAUAAAAUUAUAGUCAGACCAUUUGCAAAUUUAUCAGAAGUUUUACACAGAUUGCAUCAGAUAAAGUUUCAUUUAAAAUACCAGACAUAUAACAUACUCAAUUACUUAAAAUAAUUUUCUUUUAAGCAUUUAAUGUUUAAUUUAUUAUUGCAUGCAAGGAAGAACAUUUAUAUUUAUUAUAAAAUGCAAAUGAUUUGAUUUAGACAUUUUAUACAAUGAGAAAUUUUGAAAGGGAGACAGACUUUGCAUAAACACUGUUAAUUGGUUCAACUCGUGAAAUCUGAAUCUAUCAAAUUAUAUAAAAUAGUAUAUACAGUUUAUAUACUAUUUUUUUAUAUAUAUAUAAAAUACAUUAAAUUGUCAUUAUUUGCAACUCAAGGAAUAUUAUGUUUGGAUAACAUUCCUAGUUUUAUUAAUUCAUAAGCAUUUUGUAUUUUUAAUAAAGUGCCCCCCUAAAAAGACAAUUUUUAAUAAGGUGCCCCCCUAAAAAGACAAUCCUAAAUGUCUGUCAUGUAAAAUAAAAACUGUAGCUAAAAAUUCUAUACCAAUAACUUUCUCACAUUUUGAAUCAAAUAUCGUCUCAGUUGACAAUUUCUACUGAAAGAUUUAUCAUAUGAUGAGAUCAGAUACUUUAAAUUUAUGUAAGUGCAUUACAAUGAAUUUAACCAUUAAAAACAUUUUCUGAAACAGUCCGGAUACUGAUACUUAUUUUAUUUUACAAUUAGCUACAAUGCAACAUUAUGAAAAUCUGCAUAGAUUAUAAAUGAAAACAAUUUUGAUUAUGAGUAUUUUUCUACAUAUCUUCAAAAUUGAGAAAGAACAUAAAAAUGUACUUAGUUUUGUGUAAUUUACAUAACAGAACUCUACACCAUAUUUCUUAGAGGGAAAAACAUAAUGUAUGACACAAUUUGAUGUAAAUAAUAAAAUGGUAUAUUGUAUGAAUAUUAAAAUAUUUAUAUUACAAAAUUAUACUGUAUACAUAAUUGUUACAGUAAACUUAUUAAAAAGAUUUUUGAGAUGAUGCAUUAUGAAUCUGCUCAUGUUGUAUUUAAGAUUUGUAUUUUUUAAUUUGUAAUGCAAAAUCACAUUCUAUUGGUGCAAUAAAAUGACAUUUUAAAAUAU